GUCAUUGACAUGUCAAUGUCAUUGUCAUGGAAGCUCCGAAGGCAGCACCGGGACGUGCACCUUCCGCGCCUCAACAGCACCUUGACCGCGACCAUCAUCACCAGUCCUACCUCACUUUCUUCCUCCGCUCAUCCUCCCACCUCACUCACCCUCCCUUAGAUCACCAUGUACCAGUCGUGUCCCGUUGUCGACGAGCAGAACCCGCUGUACUGCCCUACGCUCUCCGCGACUUCAUACCUCGAAUCCCUCCGGCGCCAGGUCGCUCGCGAUUCCUACGCCCAGCGCGCCCUCGGUGAAGACCCGCUCCUCUCCUUCGCCCGCCUCCUCCAGAACGCGCUCCAAGAACCAGGCUCGCAGCCGCGCCCCGCUCACAAUACCCGCAGCACCACCAAAUUCGAGUUGCACUCUCCCCAGCUCCCUCGCGCGCAAUACUCCUCCAUCGGCGGCGACCUAACGUUCGGCAGCAACCCUAUGUUCGACAGCUCAUUCUCGCAGCUCGACUCGACUGUAUGCGAUGGUACUACACGUCAUCCGUUCCCAUAUUUCGACUUCAGGCCCCAGACUGUGCGUCCGAAGCGCAGACUCUCGGACUUCAGCGACUUCAACGGACCCUCGCAACUCGAUCGGUCUCAGAUGUCGAACCAAGACAGCUCUUUCGACGUCGUUGUCAAGCACGAAUGCCUCGAUUUCAAUGUGUACGACCCAGACUCUGCGCCCCCGCCACCGUACUCUCCGAUCCGAGCUCCGAAGAAGCGGCGCAUUUCUGAAGAGCUGGUCAUCCGCGACGAAGUCAAGAUCAAGGUGCAGCAACUCGAAGAGGAGCUCUAUGGCCCAUACAUCGGCAGCGAAUCCCCUCGCGGCGUCUCGAACCUCAUCGACCGUCUGAGCACAUUACUUCCCGGUAUCCGCCUCAAGGAGCGACUAUAUGCGCUGUCUAACCUCGGACACCAAUCGAUCGCUGACUUUCUCGCCGAAAACGGGCUACUGAACGCCGCGAUUCUCUCGAUCCUCCGCACCUCUGAAAUCCGCUCGCUUGCUCUGACGACUUCACUCUUCGACGAAGAUGGUUUGAACUUAGCUGGGCAGGAUAUCUUGCCGGUGUUCAGCAAGCCGAACAGUUUUCUGUUCUUGACGGAGUUGACCUGCUCGGGAACUCGGCUGCACGACUUCGACCUCAUCCACAUCCACCACUUGCCUCGGCUAGCGAUGCUCAUGCUAGACAACACGAACAUCAGCAACGAAGCCAUAUACCUUCUUGUCCCGCUCAAGCGCUCGCUCACCUGGCUAUCCGUCGCCGGCAACGCUGAGGUCGACGACGACGCGGUCCCGGCGCUCAUCUUACUUGAGAAGCUCUCAUACCUUUCUGUCUUGGACACGACGAUCGGCAUGCCGGGCCUUCGGCGUUUUGCGCAAGUCAUCAUGGACGAGGACCGCAACAUGGAGAUCGAGAUUCCGCAGGAAUGCGAGGACUAUAUUGAUACCAUGCACCUCAAGUACUUCCUCUACCCGACCCCGCCCCUCAUCACCAACCCGGCGCUCUGCGCCCAGCUCUCCGCGGCAGCGCUCAAGCGCAAUCUUGCCGCGCACGCGGCCGUGAACCCGAAGAUCAUCGCCGCGGGGACGAAGGCGGAGAUGAUGGAGCGGCUGACGGGUGUGCUGAAGGUUCGGGAGCUGGAUGUGCUGGUGCGGGAGCUGAUGACGGACCCGGGGAGCGAGAUGGGGAGUGAGGGGAGUGUGGAGGUUUGAGGGUGUUUGGAUGAGGGGGAUGACGGGCGACCACUGUUCAUUCGUACGCUUUCAUUUGUUUGGUUUUCUGCAGCUCUUUUGUUCAGCUAUCGUGUACCCACGCUGUCAUUCGUUGUCGUGUUUUUCCCGC